AUGAUUUUCCAUCUUCCUGCCCCCUCCUGUCUAUUAAACAAUUUCCAGAAAUUAAUUUAUUUAUUUAUUUAUAGCCAUUCAAUAGAACCAACACAACUUCAUUCUCAUUGCACUUCAGACUUUUCACUUUCCUGGAUUCCUAGUGCUCGUUAUUCUAUAGUUGAUCAACCCAAUUUUGGUGUUGUUGAAUGUUUAAGAGAAGAUAUAGAGAAUAAACAAAUAAAUAAAAAUAAAAAAUGGAUAGUUUGUUCAACUUUUACUCAAAACGAAAUUAAUUUACUUAAAGUUCGUUAUAGACAUACAAAAAAUUCAAAUAUUCCUUUACCCCCAAGAACUGACGAUUUUGAUUUUCAAGUUUAUUGUUCAGAUACAGCUUCCCUAGUUCAAGUUUUACAAAUUGAUUUUAUUACACUUAGUAUUCGUGUUUUUGUUCAAGAACAAUUAACAUUAAACCAAACAGAUCAAGCACAAAUUGGAAGGAGGAAUAUGUUGGCAACUGUUUUUCCUCAACAAUUUAGUUCUGACCAAUUAUAUUUUCAUAUUCUUGAAGCCCCUAAAUUGGGAAUGCUUUUAAGAUUAGUACAAGAAACAGGACGUCAUAGACGUGUUGGUGUUUCUUCAAAUAUUACUCAACAACAAAUUGAUGAAGGACUUUUCUUUUAUAAAUUACACUUUGCUCCAUUCUCUGUACUUAAUGACUUUUUUACUUUUCGGCUUCUAACACCUGCUGGGGCUUCAGAAGAAAUUUUUAGAUUUGAUAUUGUUUAUUUACCUGGAGGUGGUAUUGGCGAUAUUAGAUUAAUAAACAAUACUUUAAUUGUUGAAGAAGGUGGAAUACAAGGGAUAACAAAUGGCACUCUUUGGUUAGAAGCAGCAGAUGGUAGUAGAAGAUUUACUUUUCGUGUUAUUCUCCCUCCAAUGAAUGGAAUUUUGUUUUUAUUAGAUAAAAAUGGAGAUAAAGAGAAGAAAAUUUUGGAUUUUGAUGAGAGUUUUCAUUCUGAUGAUAUUUUGGAAAAUAAAUUAUUUUAUGAACAUUUUGGUGAUAAAUCUAGUUGGGAUAGAUUGUUUCUUUUGGCAGAAAGUGAAAUGCGUGAUCCUGGUGGAGGCAAAGGACAUACACCUGUGCCUUUCUUUUUAUCUAUAGCAAUUGUUGGGAAAAAUACUAGACAACCUCAAUUAUUACAAAAAAUGUAUGGUGGAAAUAAUUUAGAAAUUAAGAAUUUAUUUUUAUUGGAAAAUAGUGAAAGAACUUUAUUGCCAUCAAUUGUUCAGUUAAUUGAUUUAGAUAAUUCAGUUGAAUGGCCUUCAAGUUUAGAAAAUUACAAACAAUUCCCAAUUGCCCAUUCAACAACUUCUUUAAAUUUUAAUGUUGUCCCCGAACCCUCAAAUUCAAGAGAUUUUGUUAUUUGUGCUAAAGGAGCACCAGAAAUGCCUUUACGGGAAUUUGAUGAAAAUAUGUUGAAGGGAGGGCAUUUAAUUGUUAGACACGUUGGAAGUGCUAUUAAUGGGACGAUACUUAGAUUAACGGCCACAGAUGGUUUACACACCAAAACUUUACCAAUUUCAAUAUUUGCAGUUCCAAACCCUUUUUUAAGACUUUCUACUCCAAACAAAAUUUAUUUUAAUACAAAUUUUAAUGAAAGAAAAGAAUCUUCUUUAUUUUUACUUGUUUCUAUUUUGCAUUUAUUUGCAGAAACAAAUUUGGAUAUUUUUGAUUAUCAAAUUAUAUUUCAAGUACAAACAAUUUUGCCAAAUCUAUCCCCUUUUCGUUUGCUUCUUGAAAAUGGAACUUUUGUUAAAACACUUGAAUUUACUCAAAAAGAUAUCCUUCAAAAUCGUUUAUUUUUUGUUUUAAAUAAAAACACAUUUAAGCAACAAAAUUAUUCACAAAUUAUAUUCUUAAAACUUUUUACAACACAAAAUGAAUAUAAAAAUAAAUUAAAUGAAGAAAUUAUUUUAGAAAUUAUUUUAAAUAAUUUUUCUAAUUUUUCUUUAACAAUUCCUUUAAAAAUUAAAGAAAAAGGAAUUUAUGUACAGAAAGGGGCAAGUUCUCCAGUUGAUGAACAAAUUAUAAAUAUUUUGACAAAAAAUAAUGAUGAUCUUUAUAUUAAAUAUUUUAUUGUAAAGCCGCCAAAUUAUGGCGAUAUUAUUUUUCAAAGGAAACGAAAUCAAAUGAAUGGUUUGUUUUUUGGAAAAUUUUUAAAUUCUAAAUAA